AUGCGUGACUAUCAGAUGAACAUGGUCACUGCAUUGGUUUUGAACAAAAAGUAUAAUUUGUCGCAUAUUGUUUUUCACUACAUGGCUGAGAAUAUCACAACAAAGAGUCAGACUUGGUCUUAUCCAAGAUUUGUGCAGAUGCUGAUCGAUCAUGCAUAUCCAGAGAUUGAACGUGAUUUGAAGAAUGAUUUGUUAGUUCAAUCACACAUGAGCAAUGAUUCUCUCAAGCAGCUUGCUAGAUAUCACCCAAACCAUCCUGAACCAAAGAUAGUUGCUGAGUUCUUCGGAUUUAUAAAGGAUGCGAAUUAUGUUGAUCCUGAUCCAGUCGAUCAUCAAAACUGGAGGAAUGAAGAAGAAAUGAAGGAAGCAGCUUACGUUGAUGAGCUUAAGACUCUUGAGGAGUUCAAAACCACCCGAAAUGAUUGGUUUGUCAAAGAAACGAGGUGGAGAGGCAAGAAGGUUACUCCUAAAUCACAGGAGGGUGAGGGGUCUUCAUCGCAGCCAAAGAAGAAACAAAAGAAAGUGGCAAAGACGUUAUUGGUUGAUGAACCUGAAGUUGAGGAUCUGGCUGCAAAUGUUGAAGAAGAUCCAUAUGCUGAUAUUGAUCAAGUGAUGUUAAAUGUUGAUGAUUUAGUGUCUGAGCAAGCAGCUAAUGUGGAAGCUGAGAAAGAGAAGGUUCUUGAUGACGUUGAAGGUGAUGAUGUCAAUAAAAGUACAACAAGCUCUUCGAGUUCUUCAGAUGAUGAAAUAGAUAAGACUGAACGUCUAAGAAGAAUUCAAGAAGCUACAGAGAAAGAGAAACAAUUAAAGAAGAGGAAGCGACAGGAGAAAGAUGAUGCUGCAUACGUACCAUCUCCAGAGCACGUUUCUGAAUCACAAUCACCUUCAAGCGGCAAAAAGAAAGCAUGUGCAAAGAAAAGGAUUGUAUCUCCGAAAAUCAAGAAAGUUACUACGAAAAUUACAAAGCCGAAGAUUGUAGGUCUUCACAUUCCUCCAGAUAAUCUUGAAGAUAUUGGAGAUUUUGGCUUUGCAAACGAUGAACAGGUAAAGAAGUUAGAAAAGAAGAUGGAUGACGUGUUGAAUGAACACAAAGUAGUUGCAGCAGAAAGCAAGAAAGUUGCUGAACGUGAAAAGAUUCUCGAAAUGCGCGUGAAGAAAUUAGGGUCUGACAACAAGGCAUUGUUAAAGAAGAUUGAUACAGAUCAGACUGAGAUUGAUUUCCUGAGGGUGCGAGUGGCUGAACUUGAAGAAGAAAAGGCUCGCAGAGAUGAACAGAACAAAUAUUUUGAGAUGAAAAACAAAGAGCUUGAGGCUGCUAAGGCAUUGAAAGAGCACGAUUUCUACAUGUUGAACAAAGUUGUUGAGAAUAUGCUUGGAACGUCGAUUGAACAAAAGUUCGAAGAGAUACAAGUUGAAGAGCUUAGGGCAAAAUGCCAAGCUGAGAUUGACGAACAGAUGAAAGAUAAGGGUAAGGGUACUGAAAGCAGUGUGGCAGCUGUUGAGAAAUCAAUUGUUCCAUCUCUAGUCAUUGAGAAUCCAGUUCCUAUAUCUUCUGUAUCAGCAAUCUUCGAAGAACCUGUAACACUGGAAGAUCUUGCUGCUGAUAACGAUGAGGAAGAUGAUGAGGAAGAUGAUGAUGAUGAUGAUGAUGAUGAAGAGGGUGAUGACGAGGAAGAUGACGAUGAUGAGAAAGUAUUUUCUGCUAGCAGUCAUGGUUCUGAUAAUGACGAUGACGAUGCUCAAGGUGGUAUCAGAAUUAAAGUAACUGAAGCUUCCAAUGAAAGAACUGUUGAUGAUUUUCUGAAUGAUUUUGUGAAUGAAGAGACAGGGGGAGCUGAAGGAAAGGGGGAGUCUGGUGAUACUCAAAAUGUUGAACAUAUUGAAAAGUUAGUUUUGAGAUUGGAAACUAAUAGGGAAGAAGGUGAACACUUUCAUACGUAUACAUUGGAAAAGAUUAAAGAAAUGACACGUAUGGUGGAUCCGGACUUCAAAUUUGAUUUUGAGGAAGAAUUAAAUGCAUUCGACAUCAACCACCAACCUGAAUACGACUAUAAGUAUGUAGAGGAUGCUGACAUGUACGACAGGGUUGAGGUUGAAGAUUGCACAGAUGAUGAAAGUGUAAGUGAAGAUACUUCUCAGUAUCCUACGCUGAUGGAGUUCUUUACUAAAUAG